AUGUCGAUGCUGGCUGAGCGUCGGCGGAAGCAGAAGUGGGCUGUGGAUCCUCAGAACACUGCCUGGAAAGGCCGGGCGCGGUGGCUCAAGCCUAACACUGCCUGGAGUAAUGACAAUUCCAAGUUUGGCCAGAGGAUGCUAGAGAAGAUGGGGUGGUCUAAAGGAAAGGGUUUAGGGGCUCAGGAGCAAGGAGCCACAGAUCAUAUUAAAGUUCAAGUGAAAAAUAACCACCUGGGACUCGGAGCCACCAUCAAUAACGAAGACAACUGGAUUGCACAUCAGGAUGACUUUAACCAGCUUCUGGCCGAACUGAACACUUGCCAUGGGCAGGAAACCACAGACUCCUCAGACAAGAAGGAAAAGAAAUCUUUUAGCCUUGAGGAAAAGUCCAAAAUCUCCAAAAACCAUGUUCACUAUAUGAAAUUCACAAAAGGGAAGGAUCUAUCAUCUCGGAGCAAAACAGAUCUUGACUGCAUUUUUGGGAAAAGACAGAGUCAGAAGACUGCUGAGGGCGAUGCCAGUUCCUCCACACCAGACGAGAAUGAAAGCACGACAACCAGUGCCUUCACCAUCCAGGAGUACUUUGCCCAGCAGAUGGCAGCACUGAAGAACAAGCCCCAGGUCCCAGAUCCAGGGUCUGACCUUUCCGAGACUCAGGUGGUUAGAAAAAAGAUGAAGAAAAGAAACAAAGAGUCAGCAGGUAAGGAUGUGAAGAGUUCCCCAAAGCUUAAGGCCAAGAGGCAUACGGAGGAAAAUCUCACAGGGGACAGGGCCCAGGAGCAGGGGGCCAAGAAGAAGAGUGCGGGGAAGCAGCUCAGAGGCCCCUGCUGGGACCAGGGUUCCGAGACCUCUGCUCAGGAUGCUGGGGACUGUGAGCAGCCGCCUGAGGGCCUAGACUUCACCCUGAAGCCCAAAAAGAGGAGAGGGAAGAAAAAGCUGCAAAAGCCGGUAGAGAUAGCAGAGGAUGCUACACCAGAAGACACGCCAGUGAAAAAGAAGAAGAAGAAGAAGAAGAAAGAUUUCAAAUGAAUCUCCCCAGCGGGGGCCUCCGACCACUCAGCUGUCAGGGCGCUGCCAGGGGAGACACUCUGGCCUGAAGUCAGAGCAGAGUUCUCUCCAGAGAGCCUGGGCGCACCUUGUGACAUGCCCAUGGGCUGCCGAGUCCUGCCCUCUCGCCACAUUUCCCCCAAGUUAGGUUCCCAGGAGGACUUUUUUAAUGUUCUAAAUCAUGGCUCUCAGAAACAAAUAAAUUUUUUUAUAAACUCUGAAAAAAA